AUGGGUUUAGGCAAUAAGGUUAACAAAUUCAGUUUCGGUGAUAAUAAUCUCGCCGACGAAGGUAGUGGCGCCGAUGGCGAUUCUCGCGACGAAGGAGAUGGUUUUGGCUCGAUUGCGUGUUCGAUUUGUCUCGAGACGGUUGCUAAAGACGGCGAUCGAGCUUGGGCUAAUCUUCAAUGUGGCCACCAGUUCCAUCUCGAUUGUAUUGGUUCAGCUUUCAAUGCAAAGGGUGUGAUGCAGUGCCCAAACUGUCGGAAAGUAGAAAAAGGCCAGUGGCUUUACGCAAACGGUUGCCGUUCAAUCCCUGAGUUCAGUGUCGAGGAUUGGGUUCAUGAAGAAGAAAUCUAUGAUAUCGGAGGAUACUCUGAAAUGUCUUUUGGAGUUCACUGGUGUCCAUUUGGAAGCUCAGCACGUCUUCCUUCUUUCGAGGAUGGAGAAUUUUCUCCGAGUUCAUAUCACGAUCUCCUGGGACAGCAAGGUUACUUUACAGAACCAGCAGCGCCAACAGCGGGCCACCCAUGUCCAUAUGUAACCUACUUUGGCCCUGUUCAUUCGUCGUCCUCAAGCACAGGCGGUGCUGGAGGUGUUUCAGACAGUUCAAGUUUCAGUAGUCACUGGAACACUGGCUCAUCGGUCUCCGGUGAAGUCCCAACGCCUUAUGGUUUCCCUGUGGAUCCGCACUAUCACGGCUGGGAUUAUCACUCGCCUCCACCCCCACCUCCACAGCAUUUCUCUACUUCCGGCGCUCACGUUGGCAGUCCAACUCAGCCCACACCUCCACCAACCGCUGCUAGGACUUCCCGAGCCAACGGCUCAGAUGUUAUCAGACCCAGACCGCCGCAUUUCAUGCGUCCUUAUCAUGGUCACAGUUCCAGUGGUCGAGCAGGAAGCUCGGUGGCAUCAGUUCCGAGGACACCGCCUUUUCCGGGAAGCAACGACCGGACCCGAGGCAGAACGCAAGCUCUUCAAGCCUAUUACCAACAGUCUUCUGCACAGUCACACCAACCUGAGUCUCCUGUAGUGUCUCGUGGGCCUGUGUUCCAGUCUGGACGGAGGCCGGCUAGAGGGAUAGCUUCCGGGAUGGGAUCAAGUUCGUCUUCCUCGGAUCAGGCAGGCGGGAGCGGGUUUAUCCGGUUUAACAUAUGGGAGAGAGAUCCUUACAUGCAAUCGCAACAAGCCUACCCGGUUAACCAGAUGGACAGAGAACCAUCCAUUUGGACAUCUUCGUUCAAUGAAGGAUCUGGGAGCUUCCAUCAGAGGCACGGCGGAGGAGGAGGAGGGUCGUCGUGA